UUAAGCAUUUUGCACACCCCCUCGGCCAACAAGUUCCGUGUUUGCAACCAGCCCCAAAUCCUUUUAACACUCAGUGACCAAAUCAUCUUUAUUGUUGUCAGUUCCGUGAAGAGAGUAGCGCCUAACUUUUCUCCAAGAUGUCAGACAGGGGGUCUUUCGAUACCAAUGUGGUAACUCUAACACGAUUCGUAUUAGAGGAAGGAAGAAAAGCUAAAGGUACGGGAGAGUUGACAACGCUUCUGAAUUCACUGUGCACAGCCAUCAAAGCUAUCUCCAGUGCAGUCAGGAAGGCGGGGAUCGCUAAUCUUUAUGGCAUUGCUGGAAGUACAAAUGUGACGGGUGACCAGGUGAAGAAGCUGGACAUCCUCUCCAAUGUCCUGGUCAUCAACAUGAUUAAGUCAUCCUUCACAUCAUGUGUGCUUGUUACAGAGGAGAAUGAGGAGGCCAUCAUCGUGGAGGCUGAAAGCAGGGGCAAAUAUGUGGUAUGCUUUGAUCCUCUCGAUGGCUCUUCAAACAUUGACUGCCUUGCUUCAAUCGGUACCAUCUUUGCAAUCUACAGAAAGAACUCUGAUGACGAGCCGUGUGAAUCAGACGCCCUGCAGCCGGGCAGGAACAUUGUGGCGGCGGGGUAUGCACUCUACGGCAGUGCCACCAUGAUGGUGCUCUCCACUGGUCAAGGAGUCAACUGCUUCAUGCUGGAUCCAGCUAUUGGGGAGUUCAUUCUGGUGGACAGAGAUGUGAGAAUCAAGAAGAAGGGGAAGAUAUACAGCUUGAAUGAAGGCUAUGCCCAGUACUUUGACCCGGCUGUAACAGAGUAUUUGCAAAGGAAAAAGUUCCCAGAGGAUGGCAGUGCUCCGUACGGCGCACGUUAUGUGGGCUCUAUGGUGGCCGAUGUUCACCGGACUCUGGUUUACGGAGGAAUCUUCCUGUACCCAGCCAAUGUGAAGAGCCCAAAGGGAAAGCUGAGGCUGCUCUAUGAGUGUAACCCCAUGGCCUUCAUCAUGGAGCAGGCUGGAGGCAAGGCCACUACAGGGGCCAUGGACGUGCUGGACAUCCAGCCCGUGGGCAUCCACCAGCGAGUCCCUGUGGUCCUGGGCUCUCCUGACGACGUGAACGAGUACAUCAACAUCUACAAGAAACACUUCCCCUGAGCGGGCAGCUGAGCGGAGCAGAGCUGCUGCUGGAAAUGCUGACACCAGAGACCAAUAAGCAUCGACCAAAAGAGAAGGUCAACCUGACCCACGCUCCAUACCUCACCCACACAAACCAAAACACACUGGAGACCAAAAAGCAUUGACCAAAUGUACAGAACCAGGCCAGCAGCUGGGAGGGCACUGUGAAACGUUUACUAUAAUGAUCAUUCCAUCAGAAGAAUGGACCACAUAUUUCUGUUACACUUCCAAACGGAUUGACAUGAUAUUGAAAUGAGGACAAUUACAUUAAUUAAAGCCUGGAAAUCUUUAUACAA